AUGGAAAACUAUCCUUUUUUCUUGGGCAGGAAGAACCAAUAUAGUAAAAAUGGCCGUACUCCCAAAACUGUCACACGGAUUCGGAUCCGAGAUGGCCAGGGCCAAUCAGAAGUGGGGCAGCUCUGGCCCCUCCAAGAAUUUACUGCUCCAUUCUUUCGUCACCUCCAAGUUCUACUCCACCAGCUUGUACCCCAAGGUCUCUUCUGGAAGAAUGACAUCAUUCAGGAUCUGAUGACCCAAAAUAUGGAGCACAUGAGCAGACCCUACCCCCAAGAUCCAUGCCUGAAGGAUGGCAAGGCAGUUCUCCCCACUAAAACCACGGGAGUGAGGGGCAAGCAAGAGGAGAAACUUCGACUGUUAUUCCCCACGAGCCCACUGCCCAAGGUGAAUGGAGACCAGUGCUUUACCUCCAAAGUGGUUCCAAAGACCCUGAAAAAAGAGGUGACCAACACUGCUGAGGGCCUCUCUGGGCCAUUCACCACUGUGGGCCACAACCUUGUCGCUGAUUGAGACCUUAAUGUGAGAAGCCUCCCUGCUCCACUGUCCUCCUCAUUGCCCUUCAGUGGAACAGUCCUUGGAUGACUCAAAUCUGGCUCAUUAAAAUGGACUUUCAGGCAAACACUUUCUGUGAGCUUUAUCUGGAGAUAGCCUAGGUGGGGUCUGAAGUUAGUCAGACAGUGGCGAUGAGGGGGACACAGAUUUCAGUGCUGCUGGAAGGCUGGUUCUAUCCUUUUCCUUCCAUCAGCCAUUCAGGAAGUAGAGAAGUAAGCAGGUACCAUCGAUAGAGUGGCGGCCUUCCCUACCCAUCCUCCAGCCACGUGGUGUGUCUGUUUGUCCAUCCUGUCAUAUUACAGGGAGAUGAACUCCAUAUUUGCCUCUAGUCAUUCCUUUUAUCCUCCAUGACAUACAGGCCUAGAUGCUGCUGUUCUGAGUCUCCACCUUCAACUCUAAAGCCUCUGUCAAGACAAUCCCACCCAUUGUGUCCCUGAGGAUCAGCAGAGCAGAGCACUGCUGAGUUCAAAGUGUACCCACGAUUGUUGAUGGUUUUUGUUGCUUUGCCUUUAAUAGCGGAAAAUCUUUUUUUAAAAGUAUAUGUGCUGCCAAAUCGAGCACUGAUAGCAAUCUUUAAAGAGAAUGGGAAAUAUGGCUACCCCUUCCCAACCCAACCUAAUACCAGAAUGUUUUGUUUUGUUUUGUUUGCUGAGCUUUAUUUUUCCCAGAGCAUUUUCACACUCAUUAGAAAUGCAUAAGUGGAGGAAAAAAAAAGGAAAUGCAUAAAUGUGGGCCAGGAAUGUAGCUCAGUGGCACUGUGCCUUCAGUUUGAUCCCCAGUACUGGGAGGGAAAAAAAGAAAUGCAUAAGCGUGUAUGGACAGGUGCGUAUCAAGAUUGAGUCGCCACAAGGAAUUGGUAUAUGACCGCACCACAUCUUACCCAGUGAAGCUCCCAGAUGUAACUAGCUCUUGGUACACAGAUUCUCAGUAAUUCCCCUGUGCUACCCCUCACCCUUUUACUUGUGUUCAAGGACACAACUAAUUCAACACAAGAACAGUCAAAUUCAUUUGUUACUUUUUGUCAUCAAAUUACUGAAUCAUUGUCAUUCCUCCAUGCUCCCCCCUUACACCUUCCUUUCCUUCUUGUUUAUUCUCAAAUCCUGUUGUGAUAGUUAAUCUUGAUGGCUACCUUGAUUGGCUUGAGAGACUCCUAGGAGACUAGUAAAGCACAUUUCUGUGCGUGUGUUGGUGGCUCAUGGGGGAGUGACCUUGGAGACUUUACCUAGUCUCUGGAUCCUUUGUCUCUGGCUCUGCCCCUGCUCUUUGAUUUCUAGAUGCCAUGAGUUAAGAAGUUUUCCUCACUUGCCUUUUGGCCAAGAGGUUUUGUCUUGGAGCCAGUCAACCAUGGACUGAAGCCAUGAGCCCAAAUAAACUUUUUAAGUUGUGUAUGUCAGGUAUUUUGUCCCAGCAAUGGAAAGCUAAUCAAUAUACCUGUGCUCCAUUUGUCUGACCUUUACAAGUAUAUUUGGUUUCUACCUUCCAAGACCUUUAAGAAUAGUCAGAGAAGUAAGCCGUGAAUGCAAUAGCUUCAUGCAGGUAUCUGCUGGGAGGAGAUGCAGUGAUAUCUCAUGGCCCAUACCACCAUUCACCUACAGAGGCAGGUGGACAGCUUCCAUAUCUGCUGACACCUUACCUCCCUCAAGCCCUGGAACUCUGCCUUUCAUCCUGCUGUGUUUUGGAAAGCUGGGGACUGUGCCUCCCUGAACUCCAGGCAGUCCUAAAGUACCUGGGGUUCAAUGUUCCCAAAGGCAACUCUCAAUCUGUGAAAGACUAACUUUAGUGCAAAAAUAUUCCAGAUUCCUUCAAAGUAUAGUGGACAAUUCUGAAAGACAUUCAGUCUGAGUCUUUAGAGGAUGCCUGAUGAUUCCCAGCCCAGUUGUCUACAGUGCAACCUGUUGAACAGCACACUUAAUAUUAUUGACUUUCCUUCCUUAAUACAUUGAUUUUUCCUGUCCCUCCUUUGAGAACGCUAGAGAGGGACCACCUCCCAUACUACCUAUGCCAAAUUUCUUAUCUCCUUUGGGUCAACCCAAAAUAAAACUAUGAUAUGCUAGACACUCUUCUAAGCCCUAGAAAUACAGUUGUGAAUAAGAUAAAGUGUGGAGUUUUGUUAUGAUCGUUUUCUAUUCUUUAAUAGGAAAAAUGCCCAAACAAUUUAUCUGGCCCACAAAGCAAUGAAAUUCUUGUCUCAUCAACCUUUCUGGUGCUACAGUGUUUUCCCCCAUUCUGUCAUCCUAUUUUCUCUGGCAAUUCACUCCUAAUUGUGUUUCUCAAAAUGUGUCCAGCUGGCUUGUGUUCCUGGGCCUUUGUGUGUGCCAUUCUCUCUUCAUGUAAGUAACUCAUCACCAAAAUACCUUGUCAGUCUUUUUUUUUUUCUUUUUGUGUGUC